UGAACGUUUACUGGACAGAAAUCCUNGUCGAGUGGAUUAAUAUCAUAAUAAAGAAAGUUUGGCCCAACAUUGGAACAAUCUCUCAACAGAUUGCAAAACGGCUUGUGGAACCUAAGAUUAAGGAAAUACUAAACCGUUUAAGACUUGAGGAGCUUUCAAACUUCAAGUUAAAGGGAGUUAUACUUGGAUCUAUUCCAGCCAGGGUUGGAGGAAUAAAGGUUUAUGAGAGGAAUACUGGUAGAGACGAGAUUGUGAUGGAUAUUGAGAUUAUUUAUCAGGGAGAUGCCCGGGUAAACUUUAGUGUUCAACACAUGGAUUGUGAAGUUCAUCAGAUUUCCUUUCGUGGCACCGUAAGAUUGACUAUUAAACCUUUAAUGGAUGUUAUGCCCUUGAUUGGAGGUUUCGAAUUUUACUUUAUGCAGAUGCCCGAGUAUGAUUAUAGUCUUGGAAAACUGGCAAACUUUGGAGAGAUACCUGGCAUAUCAAAUAUUAUUAAAAGUGUACUGGAUAACAUAAUACGACGAGGGUUUGUCUGGCCAAAUAGAUUCAGUUUCUACUUUCCCAUCGAGUCUGUUCGUUCAUUGGAGAACCAGCUAUUUGCUAUGCCUACACCACAGGGAGUGCUCGAGGUAAUGGUGUCCAAGGGAAGAAAUUUAGUUAAGAAGGAUAAACAUCUGAUAGGAGGGAAGUCUGAUCCCUACAUUAUACUCAGCAUUGGAGAAAAGAAUAUUUCAUUCAAAAACCAGUAUGCUGAGAAGACUGUAGACCCCACCUGGAAUUAUAAAGCUGCAUUCCCUCUAGAGGAAAUCCAAGGCUUAGAUUUAAAACUAGAGGUAUAUGAUUAUGAUGCUGGAUCUGAGGAUGAUUUCAUGGGACGAACAUUUCUAUCCGUGAGUUCAGUUCUAGCAGGAAAUAUCGAGGACAGAUGGAUUAGGUUGGAUGAUACGAAACAUGGAGAAAUCCUGGUUUCUAUGAUCUGGAAACCUAUAACUCAAAAUACAGGUAUCUAG